AUGGGUCAUGGCUGGUUGAACUUAUCAAAGUCCUUCCAAGGCCUAACUGGUGAAAGUGUGCGCACUGGCGACGACAACCAAAGCUGCAAGCCCCUGGUCGAGCUUAGCGCGAUUUCCUUCGGAGGGAAAUUGGAAUCAUGGUCAAGGGUUGGAGAACGGACAGACCAUGCUGCCCGAUUUCGUUCACCCAACAGUGGAAGGUUCUGUUGGGUGAACGAAAUCGGGUUGACAACGUCGGUGGCAAGGGAGCGACCCACCGACAGUCAAACGGUCCUGCCAACCGCGCUCCAACCCACCCGUUCAGUCAACCUGGGCGGAUGGGGUGGACCACAGUGCACUAUCGGUCAUAUAACAUGGCCGUUCAGCCACUGUGGUCCACCCCAUCCUCCAACCAAUGGGUUGUAUCGCGGUUGGAGGAUCGUUGUACAUCCAGGAUGGUUCCAUAACCACCCACCCACAGAAAAUGUGGCCCGGUGGUGUAGUGUUGGCAAGAAGAGUGCACCCGUACCGCGACGGAUUUGCGGGUUUCAACCAGCUUCCCAACCAUUUGAGCGCCAUCAAAGCGAUGAGCCGACCCAGAUGUGA